UCUCAUUACCGCUAUCAUAUGAAAUCUCGCGAUAGGAUCCCACUCAGAUCAAUACGUAAUGUGCCGUGCUGCUUCUGGCGGCGCUGGUGAUAGUGCUGAAAGCUGUUGGGGUGAGUUUUGUUUAAUUUACUAAUUGAAAAUUACCGUUGGAACCCCAUUAACAUGAUUAUAUUCAAGUUAUAUAUAUCUAUACAAAAUAAUUUGAAACUUAGUUCUUGUCCUUCAAAGCUUAGGCGGGGUAGUGUUAUCCGUUGUUUUUACUCGUCCUACCGACACGUUACAGUACUGUAGCUAGCUAUCUGGGGAGCUAUUUUAGUAAACGUUUCGACGUAAUUAAUAAGAAGCUGUUUAAACAUGAUCAAUGGUUGAAUUGUUUAAUGGCUACCGGUAUCGUCGCGUUAUGUUUGGUGUUAAACAAAUUGAAGUGACAAACGAGCUGACUUAUCUGGACUUGCACGAGUUUAGCAAACGUUUGCUAGGUAGCCACAAGCUAGCGAAUUUAUCUGUCGCAGUUCCUUUGUUGUCCCGUGCCACACUAACUACUGCGCCUGCCACUCUUAAUGUUAACCCUUGAAGUAAAUGGGUUGUUGAUAUUGGCACAAUAUAUAUUGUUCGUAUUCACAAAUCCAUGAAUUAGGAAGAAACUAUUUAAUGUAUGAUUACCUAGCCAAGUGUUCACAAUAAGUAACGUAGUUAGCUAGCGAAGUAAAGCUAACGGUAACGCGUUGUUGGCUAACUAGCUAACAUCAGCUAGUUAUCGUUUAACAAAUAUCGAACGUUAACUAGCCAUUUGAUUUGACAACUUGUUAACCCCUCCAUUUGUUUUGUAGCUAGCUAUUUAGUGUGCUUGUUAGCAAACCACGGCAUGGUUAACCUUAGUCAGCUAGCUUGCAAUGCAAACGAAUGAUGCGUUGGCUAGUAGGCCACGUUACUGCAAUGCAAAGCGUGGCUGCUUGAUAGCAAAUCACAUGGCUGUGCAUAGUUAUAGCUAACAGUAACCUAUUUGCAUGGUAAUUAAUUCAUUGCUUGGUGUCAAACCUGUUUCAACCAACAGGGACAUUUAGGUAACGUAAUAACUAGUAAUAAUGAACGACCUAGCUAGGUUGCCAUUAUCCAUUUACUUUACAGUUCUAGCCAGCUAUCUAGCUGAGACGAGGCAGUAUACGUAUUAGGCUGGACAAUAGAACGAGUCAAAAUUCACCCAAGGCUGGAAAAACUGCAAUAGAACGUUGGCUAAACUGGAACACUAGCGCGAGCCCAUAGCAAACGAAUUGAAACGAACGUUCGCAGAGUCUAUUUUGACUGGGAUUAUGCUUAGAAUUCCAUUUCGCAUAAAUGGCACCAAAAAAUGUAUACCUUUUCAUGUUACCACAACAAUCUGUUCUUAGGACGAAACUGAAAAAUAUCAACUCGUGUAGAAAGUAAACGUCCACACCUCGAUGGUGUCAACUGUGCUUAUGCCUGCAUAACGAGGAAGUAGGGGGGGAAAUGUCCACUUCUGACUAUUUCUGGUCUAGCGAUCGAUGACAACUGAGUACGCUGCCCAGCCUUACAUAAUUAGAAAGAGGAGAUUGUCGUGAUUAAAAUGGUGUCCUACUUGAAAAAAUCAAAAUAUACACAUUGCGAGGUAUUUGGCGAAAUAUACCAGGAUGCCUCUCCAUAGGAAAACAAUGGGGGGAGCUCAGCGUUCCAAGGGAAAAAAGUAUUUCGGGGCUAGCGUUUGACGACAACUGAGUACGGUGCCCAUCAUUAUAUAAUUAGAAAGAGGAGAUUCUCAUGAUUAAAAUGGUGCCCGACUUGAAAAAGUCAUAAUGGUCACAUUGCGAGAUAUUUGGCGAAAUAGACAGACAUACCUAUAUUUCCCCUAUAGGAAACAAUGGGACGACCGCAGAGUUCCAUGAGUAAUUUUUUGUUCACGUUUUAACUAUCAGCAAUUUGUUCAACCUUGGCAGGUCUCAUUGCCAACAAUAGCGAAGCAGGCAUUGUGACGUAGAACAAUGGGCUGGGAUUAAAACAUUUGGAAGGCGAGUUGGUGCUCAAUAGAACUAAUAGGAGCUGGCAGGUUGAAUAUGCCUUAAAAUAAGGCCUGUUUUUUCGUGAUUACUUCAAAACUAUGGCAAGCAGCUGGGACAUAUGGUAAUAUUAUGGAGCUGGGCUCCACGGCUAAUGCAAUGAACUAGUUUUUAUCUGAAAAAAGCGUUGUUAAAAAUGUACUGUGUCCAAUUCACUGACAUGAAUUCAGACUGGUGAAACAUCAAAACAAUAUGUAACGUUAGCAAGUAAGAUGACAAACAAGUUAGGGGCUUCUGAACUCAACAAUGUUCGACCACCAGUUUUGGUAAUCUGUGCGAAAAGGCCAAUCAUGGCCAGUGAUUUUAGUGGGUGGGCACGGGUAGACAAAUGUUGUUUUUAUGGCUGCGUCAUGAGCAGCUGAAAAGCACACGCUCCCAAGUUCCUGUUUUGUUUUAACCAUGUUGAUAUUCUUCAUUGGUUUAAGCAAGGGUUGUUGUCUGAGUGAAUGUUUCCCCCAAUCCUUUCAACCAACGUGACCCUAUUACCAAGGGUGAUGAGAUUGCAGACCAUUCUUCUGUUUGACAGUACAAGUGUUGUCUCAACUCACCUUGCUAAGUGGUAGUAGAGUUGUGCCAAUCCGUUGACAGCCUAACCACACAAUGACAUGCUGUAACCAAACUCACUAAUGAGUGUUAUCAAGAUGCAUGUUAAUGUAGAUGUGAAUUGAAAUCUUGGCUGGCAGGGCGUUACAAUUUUUAUUUAUGUAGAUAAGUGAUCCAUUAUGAUUGCAUAAUUUCUCUGAAACUUUGUUUUCAAAGAGAUUAAACUGAGCGCUGCUGUCCAUAAGCAGCUGUAGCCUGGAUGCCAAGUAUGAGCUUUAAAGACUCAUCCACUCCUUGGAAUUAUAUUUCACCCCUUUCACAACAUUUAGUUUUUAGCCAUGUGGUUUGGCGCUCAUUGUGACACAGCCAUGUUGGAUUAGGUUUCAUGUGGCCCUGUUCAGCCAAUUUGUUUUCAUACUGCUGCAUUGAGGUCAAUAAUGCCAGCAAUGCCCAGCUAAGGGGGUUGUCCCAAAAGCCAAACUUGGUGGAUGUGUCCCUGCUUCUUGUUACUGUGCAAAGUCCUAUACAGUUAAAUGUUAGGAUCAGUGUCUGAGCCUUUUGUCAUGAUCCACAUAGCUCAUGAUUACACAGACCUCACUGGUUAGAAACGGCCAUAAAUAUCAGAACAGCCAAAGGUAUGCACAGGGACUUGUUUAUCCACAGGACUUCUAGUAUAGUAUCUAGUCAGCUGGCACUGUGUGCAGGGGCAGCUGAGGAAGGUCUAUAUUUAGGCCUGGGAGUCUGGGGGCAACGAAUCUGGAGUUCAAUUCACAUGUAAAGGAAGUGACCCAGGGCACUAGUCUACAGGUGGCUGUAACUGUUUUUCGUGGUACUCUUGAAUCUGGAAAGUUGAUUUAGAAUGUUGUAAUGGUAGCCCCUUAGUACUUUGUUGCAGUGUUUCCAACUCAUGAGGUCCUAAUUUAUUGUCAACCUAUGGGCUAAUGGUACCACCACCACCAUAAAUGGUGACAUAUGUCUUUGAUGGCACAUUUAUCAGGUGUCACCCAAUUUGCUAGUUGCUUAUUGAAAUCGGUAGGCUAUAUGUACAUUGAAUAUAGGCCUCCUGUAGCUCAGUUGGUAGAGCAUGGUGCUUGCAAUGCCAGGGUUGUGGGUUCGAUUCCCACGGGGGGCCAGUAUGAAAAAUGUAUGCACUCACUAACUGUAAGUCGCUCUGGAUAAGAGCGUCUGCUAAAUGACUAAAAUGUAAAUGUAAUGAUUGCAAAAUCUGAUUUAUUUUAAACUAAUAGUGAAUCUCAUUUUUUACUCAACAGUAUGAAGUGAAACGGAACUGAAUUUUUUGUACCAUCCGCAACUGCUUCUUCAAGUUCAGAUCACAACGAAGAAACAAAUUCAAGAGAAACAUCCCGAAACGAACAGUCGCAACAACUCAAGGAAAGGAUCACUUCAAAGGAAAAUCUAGAAGCAACCAAACGAAGAAAACACCAAAGACAAAAGAUACACGGCUGCCCAAUCGAAACGCACUCAAGAGAAGCAAUCCUUUGCCAACAUUGCAAAACCGAGAAGAUAAUAACUGAUCUGAGACCAGAAGUUUGUGCCUACUCAACAGCUUUGACAAAGCACACGUCCCAACGCUACUCCCAGCCAUCCUCACCUCACCACCGACUCACCCUGGGGUGCCUAGAGGGCUGCUAUUUGCUAGUUUUUUUUUUUAUUCUGUUCCUUUAACUAUCUCCAUCUCCUUCGUCUGUAUCUCUUCUUGCUCUGUUUGUUGUUUUCAAGCACUGUUAUUGCACCUGCGUUUGCCUUUUAAAAAUAGUUUCCCCCCUUUUGCUUUAUGCAACUCGUAUCUAGAACUUGUGCCAGAAACCUGUAACAAAUAAGUGUGUGUGCGAAUGUGUGUGUGAAGAUCUGCAAAGGCGUUAGCGUUCAAGGCUACCACAAGUUUCAAGACACCAAAUCAAGGUAGGUCCAUUAAAAUAUUUUUUAAAAACGUAUUUCAUAAAUGUGUUGUCGUUUUGAAUAACUGUUGUCUUUGUUUUUUUACGAUACUUGUUUCAAUGUGUCUAGAAAGGCAUCCUUUAUAUGGGCCAGACAUCUUGGCCAUCUCCAAAGAAAUUUGCACAAAUGUCAAAUGUAUUUACACUGCAUGAGGCUUUUACUUAUCUACUCAUCAAGGACUGAUUUGAUAGGACUCGAUUAAUAAAUGCAUUUGCAAAGUACUGUAAUGGUGUAUCACAGGGCAUUUGAUCUAGAAAUUGACGCUCAUGUUAAUGUUACAUUUGAUGGUAAACCAAUGAAGGGGAAAAUGCAGGUUCCCAAGUACCAGUCUGGUUCCCUGCUGUGCUGACAUGGCAGGAUUGUAGAUAAUGUAUUUGUUAUGAUAAUGAACACAAAUAAUGCACUAAAUGUCCCAAUCUUGCCUGACUUAACAAUAUUCUGCUCUUGUAAAUGUGCACAUCCGCUACCAUUUUAACUAGGAUGGGGAAUAUUGCCCCUUACCUAAAUGGUGGUGUUUGAUAUCAUAGAAAAACUAGCUUUUCUUUGUGACAUCAACAUGCACAGCAGCUCCCCUAAUUUGCUUGAGGGACUGACCUUUGCUUCUACUUGAUAGGGAUGAAUCAUUCUGCAACUUGUUUGGAUCAAUUGGUAACAAGCUAAAUUAAUUGCACCAACUCUAGCAGAGAGAUUUAGCACAGUUUUAAAGUGUUUUAGUGAGCCUAUCUUUCUGCCAUAGGCCUACUUCAUUAUGGAAGUUGUUUAGCUGUCUUGCCUCUGUAUCCUGCCCCUCUACCUGGUCAUAUCUAGCCUUCUGUUCCCUUGUCUCCUCACGCCCACAGACCCUUUCCCAUGAUUGUGACACUUUGUUCACUGGCUGACCUUUUUGCCUUCCCCUUUAUUUAUUUUUUUGUCCCUUUCCCAUUUUCACCCUUGCAGACGUCCAGAGGUGUAUCAUUGGGUGGUUGAGGGGGGAAAAAGGAAAAAAAUAACGGGGCAGUGAAGUCGGGGCAGUCAAGCAAACCAGUAAUCAAGUACAACAAAGGGGUGGAGUUUGGUUUGAGUUUAUGGAAAAAUAUGGGAAGCCCCUGGAAAGGCUUUGUUGAGUUUACCUUGCCCACGUCCCCACCUGCCGCAUUUAUUAGCGCUGACCUGAGCAGCACCUCCCCCGUCGGACUCAGCCUGUCACCAUACGGCCGAUCCGUAAGUUCCAUCUCCCCCACCACCUCCCUCCGUCUCCCCCAUCGAACACCCAUUCACCCACCUUGCCCUGCCUCUCUCUGCUCUGACUGGCCUUACCUUUCCAUUCCACGGGGCUCAGAGACUAGCCUCUGCUCAGGUGCAGUCAAGCAGGUACAGGGCGGUCUAAAGGUUACUGGGGAUUUGGGUUUGUUUCAAAUCUGGUUUUACCCUCCACAAUUUAUUUAAAUAAGGCUGUAAAUGCGUUUUGCCAUGCCCCACACCCCUGAGAUUAAUGGUGUGGGAUAUGAUUAGUGCUGCAAUUUGUCUCUUAUGUAGCCAAUAUAAACAAACAGAUUUAGAAUUAGUACAUGUAGCCUAGUACAUGUUUAGGAAAACAAUGUGAGUGUAAUCUAAGACUAAGUGAGAGAGGGUGACUUUUUAGCAGACUACAAAGCAGUAUGCAGAGGCUAAGAAGAUAUUACUAUUGAUUUUCUGGUUUAUUACAAAAGCUAAACUUGUGUUUUUGGUUGAGUCAAUUAUACCAUGCCCAUUUCAAGCUUGUCUAAAAACAAAAUAUGUUUUUAAAUGUCACUACUUUGUCAAGUUAGCUGGCUAACUUUGUAGUUCACCCCUCAGGUGGCGUUGAUGCUCAAAAUAAUGUGCCCAGUAGGAACCUGACUGUUCUUGACAAAACUAUUUAAACGAUGUCAGUUUGAGUCUUAAAAAAAAAAAGAAUAUUUUUUUUGUCCGUUUGACAGUCUUUCCCAAAUAAUUAGACUGAAAUAAAGCUAAUUUAACUAAGGUAGGUCCGUUUUUUGCUAGUUUGUAAGACAAGUUGAUUUCGUACUGAAUGGCACCAGCCAUCGGAAACUGUCGCUUAGUCUGAAAUCUUAGGUAUCGAACCAGCAAAUAAAAAAUAUAGAUUUAUAUUCAAGAUUAUUCACCCCAUCGAGGACAGACCACCCAAUCCACUAACUACUAGGAAUUUCAACUGUUAACAUUGAUGCUAGUAAGGGACCUAACAGAUAAGGCUGCUCUGGGACCCUUCAUGUACACACUAUCAUCUUACUGUGUUGACAUGCUUCUGUCUAACCUGUCUUUCACAUCAGCACUUUCUGAUUCUGUCAACUCUUAUUUUAACAUUAUUUCAGGCAAUAACGAUAACAGCUUUUCAUGAGUCAUGAUCACUUAAGUUACAUGACCACCUUUCUCAACGCUUUGUUCCAUUCCUUCAAAUGUUGAAUGGCAAAUGUUUAUUUUAGUUUUACUGAUCAGGCUGAUUAUUGUAGGGUGUCGCAGAGACUACCUCACAGGGACAUUCACUAGAGAUGCUAGGUCUCUGCUAAUAAUUUAUGAGUUUCUCUUAAGGAAUUAUGAUUCCCAGGGUCAGCAUCGAUCUGUGUUUAUACUUGCCCCUCACUUUUACAAUUUAAAGUGUAAGAAAAUAACUUCAGAGACCUAGAACGCUGCGGUGUAAUGGAAUGAAAGCUCAUGAGUAAAACCACAGCUCCAAGUAUCUGAAUGUCCAAAUUACCUUUUGACCCCCCCCCCCCACAACAGUGUGUCCCAGUCCUGACCCCACUGUCGGAUAUGGAGAAGGUGCACUCUGAACCCCCUUUGGCACGUAAUACUGCCCCUUCCACCUCUGCGGUGGCUAUCCCCCGCUCCUUCUCUGUCUCCCACAAAAAACACAAGCGGACCCCCCUGUAUCAGAGAUCAGUAAGUGGGCAUGUUGUGUGGGCAUCACAUCAGUUGCACCCACAGUGGUAAUGACUGCCAGGGGGAUGUUAGUUAACCGCAUGGUGUGUUUUGCAGUGGCUUUUGAUUACUUAGAGUGAGAUGAUCAAUAAAUUGAUUUCUGGUUCUGUGUGAAGUCAUAUUGUAGCACCCAGUUCAUGUGUUUAUUGUUUAUUUAUUUUAAGACGUUUAUUUAUUUUAAGACUCUCUUAUCCAGAGCGACUUACAGUUAGUGAAUACAUAUUUUCUUUAUACUGGCCCCCCGUGGGAAUUGAACCCACAACCCUGGUGUUGCAAACGCCAUGCUCUAUCAACUGAGCUACAUCCCUGCCGGCCAUUCCCUCCCCUACCCUGGACGACACUGGGCCAAUUGUGCGCCGCCCAUGAGUCUCCCGGUCGCGGCCGGCUGUGACAGAGCCUGGAUUCGAACCAGGAUCUCUAGUGGCACAGUUAGCACCUUAGACCACUGCGCCACUCAGGAGUACAUGUUGACUUAAUGUGCUAGUCAAUGUGAGAUGGCAAUGGUUUCCUAGUAGGUUUGGAUAAAGAUUAAGUUCUAUAACCAACUCUCUUUGCAUGUAUAAUGUUCCCAACUUUGUCAAUUCAGGGGUGCUUGUUGUGAUAGUGACUGAGUGAAUAGAAAUGCAUGAUUCUCUUGAGCCAACUAGAAAUGUCUAUACAGUAUGGCCUUUAUGGUAGUGAAUGGUCUGAAUCAACAUGAAAACCCAUCUGGGGUUGGCCAAUUGUGCUCACCGGCAUUCACAAGAGGAAAAUGGUCAGAUAACACCAGAAAGCUCUUUUGGUUAGUCUCUCCAAACUUUGGUGCACCCACCAGUCAGGAAACACAUUUUAGGUAGCGGAUUUUCUUUGUAGAUGUGUGUAAAUGCAUGUUUGGGUGAAUUAGAUCCUAUUGGUGUGUAUGUGGGAGUUUCAUUUGUCAAAGAGAGUCAUGCAUUUACACAAUCCCACUCAUAAACUCACAUCUGCUCUCAUUCAAUGUUAAGAGCUGUGUUUUGACUGACCGUUUGAUAUUUUUUUCAAUAAGUAACAUUGUCCGUUUUCUUGUUCUGCUCAGAUGAGUUUUGACCCUGGCAUGCUCCACAACAACGGGCACACUGCGUUUGCCAACGGCACGGCGGCGGGCAUCAGGGAGACAGGAGUGGUGGAGAAGCUGCUCACCUCCUACGGGUUCAUCCAGUGCUCGGAGCGGCAGGCGCGCCUCUUCUUUCACUGCUCCCAGUACAACGGCAACCUGCAGGAGCUCAAGAUAGGAGGUGAGAGUCCAGGGCUGCUUCUAGGCAUUUAGUAGUCUAGUCUCAUCCACCAGCCUAAUACUGAACAACACAACCUUUUUAGGGGUGGUUUCCCAGACACAAAUUAAGCCUAAUCCUGGACUAAAAAGCAUUUUCAAAUGACAUUCUCCUUGAGUCUAGGAAUAAUCUGUCUGGGGAAACUCCUAGAUGUUUAUCUGUUCAAAAAUGAGAAUUUCUUUAAAAAAUCCUUGGAUCUAAGUGGUAACAAUUGAUUUCUUCCUUGGUCUCUUCACAAGCUACUGUGUGCAGCCUUUAAGUCGAUCAACCUCCAUGAAUGUCCGGUCAGCAUUUGGUGACAACCUGUUUUCUUCAUCUCUCUGCCUCUCUAGAUGAUGUGGAGUUUGAAGUGUCCUCAGACAGGCGCACUGGCAAGCCCAUAGCAGUGAAGCUGCUUAAGAUCAAACCAGAGGUGCUUCCAGAGGAGCGCAUCUCGGGCCAGGUGGGGCCAGACUCGCACGCCUCUCCCUUUACUGUGCUGCAUGGUUAUAUUCAUCCAGUUAAGGAACACCAUUUUACUUUUGGUUCUGUUUUUGUCCCUGUCACCUCAAUGUCGGUGUUUGUUCGUCUGUUGGGUGUAUGUUCAAGCUCAUUGUAAAUCUUUAAACUCAUUUUUGGUUAUUAAUAGUUUCAGAGAUUUGUACAUUCUUAAUAUGAAACCUUUCCCACCACUGAUUUUAAUCUGAUUUUAAAUCCACAUUUGUAUGGCUGUUAUUUAUGUUGGCCUUGGUCUGUUUGUCUGAAACACUAGGAAUAUAUAAUCUAUUUCCAUGGAGAUUUACAAUGGGCUUGACUGUCCUCGACAUACAUGUUGUGUGGUGAUGGUGUUCAGGGGUAGAGGUGGGAUUUGACGUUUAAACAAAAUAGCCUAAAUCUUUGUCCAGAAAGUUGUUCCUAAAUGAAGUUGAAGGCUUAUUUUCAAAGGAAUGACAAAAUAUGAAGUCAGUAAAUCAAAUAGGUUUGAUUGGAUGUAAUAUUUUGAUAGCCAUUGACAUAUAUAUUUUUUAUUAGCCUUCUCUUCAAAUGGCAUUUACUCAUUCAAAUGAAGAAAUUUGGCAUCUCAAGCGUUUCACAUCUCAUGCAGUAGUGUCUAUAGUACAUAACAGACUUCUAUCCCUUCACUCUCUUGAUAUACUUUUGAAAAUCAACCAGUUUUUGUUUCCCCAGAAUGAUUAUUGUUAUUUAUGCAAUGUCAUUUCCUUAUUUAAGUGCACUGAUUUAUAUGAAGGUAAUCAUGUUUGUGUGUUGAAUCACCCAAAUGCCAUUCUUAACCAUCUCCCGCUGUGGUUCUUGCUGUCCUUUAGGUUGUCUCAGCGAUUCCCACUCACCUGGAUGGCAAGUCUGCUCCAGGGCAGGUGCCCACUGGCAGUGUGUGUUAUGAGAGAAACGGGGUAAGACUGUCAAAUGGCCUGUAGAAAGAGACUUGUCAUGACAAGGCUGGUAGUCAAUGUAAUGUAAAGUAUGGAUUCCUUCCCACGCAGGAGGUGUUUUACCUGACCUACACCCCAGACGACAUAGAGGGCAACAUGCACCUGGACACGGGAGACAAAGUCAGCUUCUACAUGGAGACCAACAAGCAGUGAGUUGUUUUUCAAAAGUGUCUUAUUGUUUCCCAAACUUGAGUUUCACAAUUUAAAAUGUUAUGAUUGCAUACUACCAUCGCCCUUUCCUCAUGCUUAUCUUCUGUGUGUUUCAGCACUGGUGCAGUCAGUGCUCACAACAUCGUCCUGGUAAAGAAGAAACAGAUGAGGUGCCAGGGAGUUGUCUGUGCCACCAAGGUAAAGCCACAGUACACCCUUGUGGAUCCCUGGCUGGACAUUGGCUACUGAAUGUGCCUGAUUAUGAUCUAAUCUAUAACCCUUUGUUGUCUGGUAGGAGGCCUUUGGAUUCAUUGAGAGAGCUGACGUGGUGAAGGAGAUCUUCUUCCACUACAGCGAGUUCAAGGGCGACUUGGAGGCCCUACAGGCUGGCGACGACGUGGAGUUCACCAUCAAAGAGAGAAACGUAGGUGGCAUCACAUGGAACCGUUCUUCCUAGCCAACUCGAGUGAUCCCGUUCUAAUGGAUUGCAAAAGUAUAGAAUAUGAGGCCAGUAUUGGAUCAUUGGAAUCAAGUUAUUCUUAAGAUGUUAGGGACUUAACUUGUCAAAUCAAGCAAUGAUGGUUUAAUGGCAGUGAGACUCUCAAUAGGAAAAGCUGUUCAACAGAAAUUGCUCAUGUAUACAUUCUGAAUACGUAUUGAUGCUAUGAGCCUGUAAAUAUGCAAAAUAAUGGAGAGAAAAAAGCAACAUUGAAGUAACUAAAGCAUUUACGACGAUACCGCCUCUGCAGAAUUCAGGGCAUUCAUACUUCUUGCGUUUCGUGGAGCAGAGUUGUUGUGAAGGAAGUUGUCAAGGAAGUGAGUUUGUGUUUAUACAUGAACUCCCACCCCCACCUACGUCAACCAAUCAUGUCAAUACGGAGCCCUCCGUAUUGUAACAACAUUUGGGAGGUGCAUGGCAUUGCCGCAGGGAGCUCGAUUUGACCUCCGGAGGCUCCGCAAUUGAGCCUCUGGACCACUUUGCCUGAUCAAGCAUAAAUCUGCUAUAAAGCAUUUUGUUUUCUCUCCUCUAGGGGAAAGAGGUGGCCACUGACGUGAGGCUGCUCGCCCAGGGAACGGUCAUAUUUGAGGAUAUCAGCAUCGAGCAGUUUGAAGGCACUGUCGCCAAAGUCAUCCCUAAAGUUCCAACCAAGAACCAGGUCUGCAACUUACACCAUACCUUCAUACUCAGGAGUAACCUGAGCUUGGUUUUUACUAAAUCAUGGAUUGUUAUUUUCUCAUGAUAAUGACAAAUAUUUGUAUUGUUCCUCCCCAUCUUUUAGAAUGAUCCGCUCCCAGGUCGCAUCUGUGCCAGGAUCAGCUUCACAGACAAGGAGCUCCUGUUUGGUGAGAAGGACACCAAGUCCAAAGUGACCCUGCUGGAGGGUGACCAUGUGCAGUUCAACAUCUCAACAGACCGCAGGGACAAGCUGGAGCGGGCCACCAACAUCGACAUCCUGCCCGACACCUUCCACUUCACCAAGGAGUCCCGUGAGAUGGUAAGGACCAUGCGAUCUAUGGUACACUCUAGUUCAUUUGAGGAAGCUUUGUGUGGAGUUGAAUCAGUGAAUGUCAACCUGAAAUGUACAUUCCUAAGAAGUUGUCUGUAUUUCAUACUGUUGUGUAGAUCAUAUUAAAUGGAAGAGCAUAAACCUGCAGCCCCGAAUGAAAGGGAAGGAUUGGCACAGUUCAACAUUUUAUCUACAGUGCACUCUCUUUAAUCUCGGUUAGAAGUAAAAUCUUGUGUAAUUUGGUCAGCUGCGUGAUUAACUUCUGGGUCUAUACAUGCGUGUUAGCAAGUGAGAUUUCUGGUGGUUAGCGAAGUCGCCACCUCCCCUCCGUGUGGGCACACAAAGCACUCAAAGUGAAGCGGUUUAAACACUGCCAUCGCCCAAUCCUGAUACGUCCAUAUAACGAGUGACGAAAGCCCGAAGAUCGGAACUACUGCAGCUCGUUAUGUCCAUCCCGUUCAGUCCCAGCAGAUUAUUCGGUCUACAUGCAGAGUCGACGGCAUCUCUGCUGUGUUAACGGCUCUCCCUGUCCUCUGUCCUAUAGGGUGUGAUCGCUGCAAUGCGUGACGGCUUUGGCUUCAUCAAGUGUGUGGACCGGGACGCCAGGAUGUUCUUUCACUUUAGCGAGGUGCUGGAGGAGGGCCAGCUGCACAUCUCUGAUGAAGUCGAGUUCACCGUUGUGCCCGUGAGUCCAGAGAGAACAUCCAUGGUCCGUUUUUCAAUAUACAAAUGCUGUCUUUUUAAAAAUUCCUUUAAUCUCUCCUUCCCACUUUUUCUCUGUCCAUCAUCCAAGGCUGUUAGUUUAGUAGGGAACUCUUGAUUUUGAAAUGAACAUCCAGUAAAUUGUUAUAAAUAUUAGGGAAUCUCACUCAUUGAACCCAUUCAUGUUUCCUAGGCACAUUGUCUUCCAAAUGAAUUUUGGUCUCUGGCUACCUCACAAUAUAAUCCAGACAAUCUCAAUGAGCGCAUUAUCGAACACCAACACAUUGGAACGGGUGUUUUCUCCCUCUCCUGUGCAGGACAUGUUGUCUGCCCAGAGGAACCACGCGGUGCGCAUCAAGAAGCUGCCCAAGGGCACAGUCUCCUUCCACAUCCAGUCUGAGCAGCGCUUUGUGGGCGUGGUGGAGAAGGAGGCCACAGCAGCCAUCACCAACAACAAGAGCGCCAGCCCCAGCAAGGCAAAAGAGAAGGUACGAAAGCACCCAGGGCAGCACUUGGGAACCCACAGCGACAUUGUCAACAUGUACAUUUUUAAUUUUUUUUAACAGUAUAUGUUUCUUUCCUUCCCUGCUUGAUGUUUCUUUUACUUUUCUUUCCUCUUCCCCUCUUCCUAGUCUGAUCAGUAUCGAAAUUUAAAACCGCUCCGAGACCCACACGCACACAUUUCCCCUUACAAUCAGGCAUUUUUCAGACCAUUGAUUUUUGACUCCUCUUUAGUUCUAAUUCUCUGUUUGCUUUUUCCUUUCACCCUUUCCCCCCUCAUGCUCCUUCUCUCCAUAGAAAAAAGACAAGGUAGGAGUUUUGUCUUUGCAUGAUGCCAUCAAGUUGAUCAACACUAGAUAGAUAGAUCUAUCUAAAUGUUUUCCUACCGGGUUGACACAAACUGAGGCAAAGUACUAACUACUAAUUUUGUCUCAAAUUGGCUAGAUGAUUUGCCAGACAUUUUACAUGGCAACUGUGACAAGUUCCCCUAGUUACCUUAAAAUUCAUAAUGUAUAGUUUUUUUGCCCAAUUGCUUAAAUCGGUUUCUCUCAUUUCCUGACCUUUGCUCUUCACAUUGCUGCAGACAUACUGUAGUUGCCAUGUACGCUCAAAUAGGUAGACUAAUUGUACAUUUCUCUUAUUUCUCAAGGGUAAAGUAGUAGAAAAGGUCAGUGGUGUGGUCUAUGGCCUGCUGAAUGUGCUCCUCACCCCAUGGUUGACUGCAUGUUUUCAGUCCUAAUCAACCUCUAAAUCAAUUCCUCUGUAAAAACAUUUCAUUCUCACUUUUGUAGUCUUGUAAUUUACUUUACUAGUUCCUAAGGAGAUAUGACAUUAACUAAGGCUUACCCCAUUAAGUCAACUCGUCAAUUGUUUGGUCUAUAGGCUUUUGGUCGACCAAGAUUUAUUUAGUUGAGCAGUAGCUAAAAAUAAAAAGGUAAUUAAUAGCUUAGGAUCAUCAUCACAAAAAGUGUUAAUGAUCCUAAGCUAUUAAUUACCUUAUACAAAUGUGCUACUACUUUUGGCCAUAAACACCAAUUCUACAGUGGCACCUCAAACCGACCAAUGGGUUUGAAUUUUAAUACUGAGGGGUUGCAAUGCCGAUCGAUUUGAAGAUCCUGCUUGUGUUGCAGGUUUGUUUAAUAGUCUACUGAUUCCGUGAUCACCAAGCCUCAUGCAACCACAUGUUGGAUAAACAUGUUCACAAAUGUGGCUGUUUUUCAUCUUUGCUAUGCUUUAAUAAAAGGUUAACUUUUUUUGUUAGAACAGCCUCUGGUAUUAUUUAUGGUUUACUCUGUUCCAAAUUGUCUGAAAAAAUAUGAAUAAUAAGCCUCUUUCGCGAUCUCUUAUUGUAUUAUUGUGAUUAUAAUAACUAAUGUCAUUAUCAUUAAGAGCUUAUGGUGGUUAUACAACGCUGUUAUCACGCUGUAGGCCUAAGAGCGCAUCCUGUUAGGUCUUAAUACCGUAACUUACUUAUGCCUAUAUUUCAAUUCUUAUAUUGACUACUGUAUCAAUCAUUCGUUCAUGUCAUCACACAGCAUACAAGUUAUUCAUGAAAUGCAAUCAAGCAUUUUCGUUUUAAACAAAAAUAACAAAGUGACCCUUGAAUAAUUAGUAUUAACAAUAAAUAAACUGUUCCAUUCACAAAUGAAUGUCACGGUCUUUGCUGUAAUAAACACUUUACAACAUACUCUGGUACGCGUGUUAUUUAGUGUUUAUGUUGUUCCCAACGGUCAGGAAAAUUAUAUUGUAAUAUAACAGCACCUGUUUGGCACGCAGCGCUUGCGCCUUACCUUCUUCUUGCUCUCCGGUAUUUUCCACAACUAGUCAAAUUUAUUCCGCACAUCACUUCCCCUUUUACCUCCUGAGCAACCAGUAAACAUUCCCCCAUUUCGAGUUUGUCAAGUCCUCUGCAUCCGUUCUGAUGUUAUGGGGUUCAGAGUUUAUAACCAAAUUAUUGAUGUGAUUAUGAUAUGCUUUAGGUCCUAUUGGUCACAUGCAUUCGACACAUACGUGUCACAAGUUGAGGGAAUAGGGAAUGUUUUUCCUAAACAUUUACAUUUACAUCAUUUAGCAGACGCUCUUAUCCAGAGCGACUUACAGAAUUGGCUGUAAUUAUGUUGCAGCUUCAGCAACAAAGAGAGCGCGAUAAACACUGAUGUUCUGUGGUCACUGCAGCAGGGAGGAGAAGGGAGGAGAGAGAAUGGGUGCUAGUCAGUCACUGGCUGUCUUUAACACAGCACAGCAAGUCUGAGCCCUGCCCUGCACAAUCAAAUCAAUUGCGGUUGUACUCCCUCGAGUCAUUUCUUAUUUCAUCAAACAGUUUGCUUAAAGCAUCAGACAAGCUCAGUGCAAAUAGUUGAUUUGAUUAAAACAUGGACACAUCCUAUCAAAAUACAUGUUUUAAAAUUGACUGAUCGAUUGGUCAAAAGAACGGACAACUCCCGGUCAAGCAAGAUUUUUUAAAGUCUGGGACAGCCCUACAUUUAACACUGUUUGUACGAAGGUGUUGAUUUCAAACGCUAGUCAAUGCUAACCGAAAUCUAACGGGUGCUUUGGAAUGUGUGCUAUUGAACAUCUUGGUGCCAGUCAUCUGCACUCUUAGUUUUAACAAGGAGUUGCUACUGCUGUUCAUCUGAUAUACUCCAAAGCUUUUAAGAUGCAUCAUUCCUCCCUUCCUCCUUUUGAAGUAAUUACUGAUAUGCACCGGCGUGGAUGAAAUAAAACAUUAUCCUACACUUUUACUUUCAUCUAUCCAGCCUCUUCAGAUCAGUAAUUACUUUAUUUUUUAGCCAGGAGCAGUGCAUUUUUCUCUCUCAAAGUAUUUGAACAUGUCCUAAUGCUCAGAACCACAGCAGUGGUGUUAUCCAGGUGUAACAGUUCAAUGCCUGAGUUCUGGAGAGGAGUGCAGCAGCCUACCUCUGACUCUUUGACUGAAACUGCCAGUCUAAUCAGUUUUAUGGUGUCUGUGUCCUCUCAUGUAGGAAGCAGAAGAGGGAGUGAUUUCUUAUGAGGACUGUGGAGUGAAGCUGACUGUGUCGUACCACGUCAAAGAUCUGGAGGGAGCUGCCCAGCCACAGGCAGGAGACAAGGUACUGAAAACCAAACAAGUUCACACUGGCUCAAAUGUGCUUUGUUGAAAUGGCGACUUACCAAACCCCAAAAGAUUAAUAAUGGAGUUGGCUCUGUUUUCAUGUGGUGUAAAUUCAACCAUGUCCUCUAGGUGGAGUUCUCCAUCAAUGAGGUAAAGAGGACGGGCCAGCAGAGCGCUGUCACCAUCAAGAUCCUCAACCGCACCGUCAACACCAAGAGGCUGCUGGGAUACAUCGCCACCCUGAAAGAUAACUUUGGCUUCAUAGAGACAGCCAAUCACGAUCAAGAGAUCUUCUUUCACUACAGGUACAACUAUUCAACACAGGCAAGCUACAGUGUAAAAUAUGUUUGUUGGUGUGACAUAAGAUCUGCCCUGGUUUUUCAUGCUUCCUGUUUGUCUGUUCCAGUGAGCUGUGUGGAGACUUGGAGAACCUGGAGCUGGGCGACACUGUGGAAUACACCCUGUCCAAGGGCAAAGGAAACAAAGUCAGCGCUGAGAAGGUUACUAAGGUGGCAGCAGGUAGGCAGUAAAAUGCUCUAGUUAUUGUUUGAGUUUGCACUACAGUCAGUUCUAUAGUGAAGAGUUUAUGUAUCAACCAUCCAAGUGAGUAUGCUAAUGGUGUUUUGUUAUUGCAGUGAAUGGUGUCGGGCAGGAUGUUGGUGAGACAGUGAUUUUGGGGAAGGUGGUGCGCCCUCUGCGCAGUGUGGAUCCGUCCCAGACAGAGUACCAGGGGCUCAUCGAGCUCUCGGAGGAAGGUAAGUCACCACUGGCAGUGGAGGGUUAUGUCCAUCAAUUCAAUGUUUUUACUAAUGCACAUACUCUAUAAUAAGCAAAUGGCUAAAUUGACCAUUCCUCUUCUCCCACCUGUCCUUCUACCCAUUCAGAUGGCACGAAGUGCCAGAAUUACCCCUUUGGCAUCGUGGGCAUGGCGAACAAGGCAGACUGUCUGCAGAAAGGAGAGAUGGUGAAGUUCCAGCUGUGCACAGUGGCCCAGACAGGACAGAAGAUGGCCUGCAACGUUGUCCCCCAACGUAAAGCCCUGGUGGAGUGCGUCAAGGACCAGGUAUCUGAUCAUGCUUGUCAAAAUUGGUGGAGAUGGACAUGAUUUUAAAUUGCCUUUCAAAAUUGAACUUAAAUAUUCUGCCAUUUUUUAUUUAUUUUCAAGUGUGGUAAGUAACCCAAACAUGAAGUAAUAAGAAUGUAUAAUUUGUUUUGGGACUUUCUCACUAUGCAAGGUAUUGGUGUGGCUACCUAUGAGCGCUAUGCCUAUUCAGUCUGUAAUGUCUUGUCUCCCCAGUUUGGUUUUAUCACAUAUGAAGUUGGCGAGAGUAAGAAGCUGUUUUUCCAUGUCAAAGAGGUGCAUGAUGGCUUGGAGCUCCAGCCCGGGGAUGAGGUGGAGUUCUCAGUCAUCCUCAACCAACGCACAGGGAAAUGUAGUGCCUGCAACGUGCGCAGAGUCAGGUAAAUACUGCAGGGGGGGUGUACUAGUACCCAUGUUCGGAAAUGGAAGUAUUACCUCAACUUAGCCAAUAAGGAUGCCCGUUUUCUUGAUGGCAGGCAGUCAAUGGAACUGAAUAAGUGAAAUUGGACCUCUAGCCUCCUGUAGCUCAGUUGGUAGAGCAUGGCGCUUGCAACGCCAGGGUUGUGGGUUUGAUUCCCACGGGGGGCCAGUAUGAAAAAUGUAUGCACUAACUGUAAGUCGUUCUGUAUAAGAGCAUCUGUUUAAUGACUAAAAUGUAAAUGUAGCCCACACACUUGCUAGUCAGGUCUCACUUAUGACCCAGUUAUUCUAAACCUAGACAGUAUAUUGUUGGUAAAAAAAAUCCCUCUUGUUUCUCUACCCCCACAGUGAAGGGCCUAAACUGGUGGCAACCCCCCGUCCCGAUCGCUUGGUCAACCGGCUCAAGAGCAUCACCCUGGAUGACGCUAGUGCCCCCCGCCUAGUCAUUGUGAGACAGCCCCGCGGCCCUGACAACUCAAAGGUACACAUAUUUGAACACGUAAUGCUGUAUAAUAAGUUCUGAUGUUCACUUUUUGUUUUUGGUUAAUCUAUAAAGCGUGUUGAUUUUAUAAUGACUGGUCUCCUUUGAUUUGUACCCAGGGCUUCAAUGUGGAGAGGAAGACCAGUCAACCGGGUGUCAUUGACUGAGCUGUAUAUAACCCAUCCCGUCUGGAAUAGGUGGGCCCUGAUUUAAAAAUGCAACCAGAGAAUGGAGGACAACAAUGGAAAGGGAUUUUUGCUGUCUUGCAGACACAUGCUCCUACACACAUACUCUUGAUACACACAGGCACACAGAGAAAUAAGCAUGUGUAACCCCUCUCCCUGUUCCAUCACCUGCAAGGGAACCCUCAUUCCAUUUGUCCUCUGCUGCCCAUGUAUGAUGUACUGCAGGAUACAAGGCGGGAUCUCUCUUCCGAGUGUGCGCGUGUGAUUGUUGUGCACAAGGUGUUUUAGAAAUGGUAGAAGUUACAGAGGAAUUUGUUUUGAGGGUUUCUCUGCCCCUUAGAAUCAGUGACGGUUGCGUGGCAGUGUCUUGUCCCCAUCUGCCGAAUCUGCCUAAUUGUCUGGAAUUCUGCACCUGCAACCUGACGUGUGUGUGUGUGUGUGUGUGUGUGUGUGUGUGGGCAUGUAUUAGAGCUCAUCUGCUUAUUUUCCUCCAUUUUGUUCUCCCUCAUUUAAGGAAACUAAAUGAUUCUCAUUUGCCAAUGGUUUCCACUAUGCUUUCCUACAAAAUGCAUAAAGCAAAGUUCCCUCCAUAAGGAGGAUCAUGUUUCUCAUGUGUGGACUAAAACAGAGGCUACUUCUCUGCUCGGUUUUUUUGAGCAGUUUAAAAAGAAAAUCUUUAUCCAAGAACUGGAGUGAAAGCAUGGUGUUGUAUGUGAAUGUUUUAAGUGGUAUAUGAUUUGUAUUUACUUUCACAGAUCUGGGGCCUUUAGAUACCUUUUCGUUAUUCACGCGCUUUGUAAGCAAUUUCCCCAGGUGCAGAAUUCCUAAUGGCAUCUUAUAUCGAGCAGUUUCAGACAAUGUACUUUUUUUUUGCACAUCUUUGAUUUUUUGUUCCAUUGAUGUAAGAAUACGGUGCCUAAACUACAAAAAAAAAAAAAAAAAGACAUCCUCUGUCCCCAGCCCAUCCGCCAAAAUAGAAAAAACAAUCUUAGGAUGGCUUUUUUUGUAGAAAUAAUACUGAUCUGCAUCCCAAAUACCUGUGGGUUGAAAUAUACUGUAUGUAAUGUGUGCUUUUUUUUUUUCUUAGUGAAAGAUUCAAACAUCACAAUAUAACAAAAAUACAUUUAACUUCAGUAAAAGGGGGGGGGGGGGGGGGGAAGGAAGGGGAAGUGUAACAAAGCAUUAGAAUUAAGUUACGUCUUAAGGAUCAGGAUAUCUAUUGUGCUCUGGCGGUGUUGGUGUGGUCUGUUGUGCCUGUACGCACAUACGGCAGUUGGAGACUAAAUUAAUUUAAACUCUGGAGAUCACUGGGUUGAUCCUGAACUGCACAGGCGCUCCUAUGAACUUUUGUUAAUGGUCUUGAAUGAAGCAAUUGAAUUAAAGUUUUAUGAAAAUCAUA